GAAACUAGCUAGUGAGAGAGUUUCAGUCUUCACAACUGUUACCCUUUCUAUGAUGGAAUUUACCAAAAAAAGGCACUGAGAAUCAAUCAAUCAAUAACACCUACCCUCUUAAGCUUUUCUCGUUAUCUAGUUUUUCUGGAUUUUUGGCUCUCUCCUCAUUCUUCUCUCUCACAUGCUACAAUUUUCCUUCUAAAAGAAGAAAAAGGAGUAGGCAAAGAAAAACAGGUACAGGUGAGACUUGAGGAGUUUGGUUUCUUCCCUUUUGUAGGCAUAUCUCCUCUUUGCCUACAGCCAAAAGGUUCUCUGGGUUUUUGCCAAUUUUGUGUAAAGAUGGUGAGAGGGAAGACUCAGAUGAGGCGUAUAGAAAACGCCACAAGCAGGCAAGUGACCUUCUCCAAGAGGAGAAAUGGCCUGCUGAAAAAGGCUUUCGAGCUUUCAGUUCUUUGUGAUGCUGAAGUUGCACUUAUCAUCUUCUCUCCCAGAGGCAAGCUCUAUGAAUUUGGUAGUUCAAGCAUGAAGGAGAUAAUAGAACGCUAUCAGAAGCAUGCAAAAGAUGUUCGAGCUAACAACCCCUCAGCAGAACAGAAUAUGCAGCAACUGAAACAGGAAACUGCAAGCAUGGUGAAGAAGAUAGAGCUCCUUGAAGCUUCCAAAAGGAAACUUUUGGGGGAAGGCUUAGUUUCGUGCACGGUUGAGGAACUGCAGCAGUUGGAGCGCCAAUUAGAACGAAGUGUGAACUGCAUUCGAGCAAGAAAGAUGCAAGUGUUCCAGGAACAAAUUGAAAAAUUAAAAGAAAAGGAAAAAGUCCUGGAAGCUGAAAAUGACAAGUUAUUGGAGAAGUGUGGAGCAGAGCCUCCACAGACAUCAAAAGAGAACACAGAGAUUGUGCCUUGUACAGAGAGUAGCGAAGUUUCAGAUGUGGAGACUGGGCUAUUUAUUGGACCACCGGAGAGAAGAAAUAAGCUAGUGUUGAAGAACUGACGACCUAGCCAGAUGAAGACUCUUCUCUGCAGCGAGCUGACUGCUUAUUAUGACGAUUGUUUCAAUGUCAAAUAUGAAAUAGCCUAUAGCUGCUAGACUGUGGAAAGCAAGAAUCGGAGAGCAUUAUUACGCCUCAAGAGUGAUAAACGAACCUGUGAUUGCAUUAUUGUUGUUAGUUUUAUUAAUUUUGGCAUCGUAUUCCCAAUGGAAUACGAUCAAGAAAAUCUUUCAUAGGGUCUACCCUGAGGUAUAUUAAUAUAUCUAUUUCGCCACUGAAUGGGCUUUAAAAUUU